GGCAGAAAACUUAAAAGAUUUUCAUAGUGGGAUCGCUCGCUCAUCAGAGUAAUAGCAAUAUGGCAUCGUUUAAUCGACAAAGAUGUCAUGUAGCAAUUUUAUUUCUUCUUUUAUCUUCCGCCAUCGGAUCUCCUUCCGGGGAAUCGUUGAGAGAGAUAAACGCUCGAAAAAAGUUACAAUUCAAUAACGAAGCACAUAUAACAUCAACUACAACUCCAGCAGCUAAUCCAUUGGACGAAACAACCACUGAAACUACAAAUCAAAACGAGACUUCAAUUUUCGUCUCCCCUACAAUCAAUACUACCCUGGAAACUUUAUCUGAUAAUCCAAUAUCAGAGACGACACAAGAGACGCAGAAAUCUGUGAAUGGAGAACAGCAAAAACAGUUGAAUAUUUCUCAUUCUGGGAACAACACAAGAUUGCCGUAUCAACGAAAUACGUCCAUAACAAAUCGUCCGAGAAGUCCUACGGGAACCGCGCCAAGAGAAUCGGCGCUAGAACGCAGGUUGAAUGUGGCAACAUCUACCCCGACCACAGUGAAUGCUAAAGAAGCAGAGGAAUCUGUCACUUCUGAAGGAAACGGAACCUUUCGCGCAGAAGACUUACUUACGCCACUUCCUGGCAUCGCAUAUUUUUUCGCGCAAUUGAUGAGUAUGUCCUUGCAAAAUCUUGACACAGCUUUUAGGGGAACUGUAAGAAAUCUGUCUCCAGUUGCUCAAUAUGCCCACAGCUUCCGCACCACUCUAUUGCAGAUUAGUCAAAAGCUCAACAACGCUUUCUUAGUCUCCCGUACUAAUGCAGACCAAAUUAAAAUGCACAGUCUAUUUGUACCCAGUAAAGUAAAAGAAGCCGCCGGUUAUUUGGAGAAAUUAGGAAAUUCCAGCCGAAUAAUUAAAUUUAUAUAUUUACCGUUGAAGAAUUUGAAAGAGACCAGCGACCAGACUUUAAAUCUCUCCAGUCAAAUAGCCGGCAAGUUUGGGGAGUUGGUUUAUUUAGUCGACGAGCUUUCUAAGAUUCACACUUCGUCCAAGUCAGAUAAGGAGGAACAAUUGAAUUUCGUCUCCACUGAGAUAAAUUUGAAAAACACUGAGAAGAAUAAAAUAGAGCGGGACUUAACUUUUAUUGAAAAUGAAAUUGAGAACUUAAAAAAGCAAACACGAUUAGAUGAAAAAGCAUUUUAUGAUACAAUAGAUGCCUUAAAUCACUUGAAAGAGGACAAAUCUCAGUGUUAUUGGUACUGGCUCACUCGCAGUACGUAUUGUCCCCCACCUGAUCCUAAGCAAAUUCAGAAGAUCAAUCAGUCGCAAAGAAUUGCCAAAGGAAAACUAGAAAAUACGAUGAAAUCACUUCAUGCCAAAGAAGAAGAAGCUCGGGAGAAAAGAGAAGAAAGAAAUCAGUUAUUGAUCACAACCGAAAGCUUGAGACAUGAAAUGAACCAACUUAAUGAAGACUUGCAGCUGCUUGGGAAAACCAGCGACCCACUCAAUCGGAUAAGAAAUAAUAAUACUUUAAAUGAACUGGACAAGAGUUGGAAAAAAUUUGUCGACAUUUGUAGAGGCAUUCAAUCUGGUGCCAAGAAAAACCUCGAAAUUAUUGAAGACGCAAAUCGUACUUCUACCCAUUGGAGCCAACAACAUUCCGAAAAAAUUUCGUUCAACUUGAAUAAGAUAAAGGAAGACUUGCAUUUUGUUAAAACCGUUAUCGAAUUCUACCUGGAGGGAUCCAGUGAAAAUAUUGUGGAAAUUUUUGCAGAAGUGGAGCAAAUGAUGACGAAAAGAGAGAACCCAGAAGAACUAGAGCGCAGUCUUAGAGAACAAUGUAACAAAGCAACUGAAGAGAUUAAAACGCUAACAGAAAGGAAUAAGGGACCAACCCAAACCCAAACUCCGAAACCGAUUCAAAAAGGUAAAGAUAGUCGCUCUGAAAAACAUGUUUAAAACUGUGGAUUGUUAUAAAAUACGUGUAGGCUUCAGCACAAAUAAAACUAUAGGCAAUUA